GCCAGCACCGUGGAGACUCAUUGGCUGAGACGAUGCUUGAGAACUGACCAUAUGUAUGUUGCUAUCACCUUUAGAGCGGAGGGGGCUGAAGGGACUGUACAGUAUGUUAUAUUUACUGGUUAGAAUGCACAACAUUCAGACGCUACAAGGCUGAGUUAUCUUCCCUCCACAGAUCAAGCCCUAUCUGACUAAGAGGCAUGUCCUCCUCCUCUCUUCUGUGGUGUCUGCUGGUGGUGUGUGUUCUGGUUGUGGUCCAGAUCUAUGCAGCAGAGGAACGUAAGGUCCUCAAGGUGUUCAACCUCAGAGCCAGCGACCUGAACAGCGGCUUGUUCCAGACCCCUGAUGCCUACGUCAAGGUGUUUAUGGGCUCCGGCUACGGCGGGAAGACAGAGGUAAAGAACAACAACCAUGACCCCUGGUGGAAGGAGGACUUCAACUUCUUCAACGUCCGUGAGAACGACCCGCUGAGGCUGGAGGUGUACGACAGUGACGUGCUCUUCGACGACCUGCUGGGGACCUGCGAGCGCUCCAUCAAGAUUGGAACCUGGCAACAUCAAUGUUUCCUGAAGAAGGGAGGGAGCCUGUACUACUCCUACACCCUAGAGCCCCUACAGUAGACCCUGUACUACUCCUACACCCUAGAGCCUCUACAGUAGACCCUGUACUACUCCUACACCCUAGAGCCUCUACAGUAGACCCUGUACUACUCCUACACCCUAGAGCCCCUACAGUAGACCCUGUACUACUCCUACAACCUAGAGCCUCUACAGUAGACCCUGUACUACUCUUACACCCUCUUUAGUAAACCCUGUACUACUCCUACACCCUAGAGCCUCUACAGUUGACUCCAUACUACUCCUACAUUCUAGAGCCUCUACAGUAAACCCUGUACUACUCCUACACCCUAGACCAUAGAGCCCAGUAGACUGUGUACUAACCCUACACCCUAAAAGCCUACAGUACACCCUAGAGCUCAUUAGACCCCUUCCACAUAGUUAAAACAAUUAUCCACAGCAACGUCUGGUCCCAUAGUCUCUCUCCUCUUAUCUAUAUUUACAACGACGUCCCAUUUCGGACCCCUCAUCUGUUACAUGGAUUUCUCAUUCUCCUCAAACUGAGCUGAAAAACCGUCCUCCCCCUGACCUCAUCCUCAGGCUCAUCAUAACAGACUAGAUUCUAGAACAUUGAGCAGUACAAAACUCCACCUCCACCUUACAGUUAGUGUAUUGUAAUUCGUGUCUGAUGUCUCUCUCAGUCUCCCACUUUGUGUAUUUAACUGAUUUGGGUAUAAAUCGGAUCUCAGGGGAUCAGGGACCAUGCAUGACAAACAGUACACCAGAUUUAAGACUGUCCAUGCACCAGAUUUAAGACUGUCCAUGCACCAGAUUUAAGACUGUCCAUGCACCAGAUUUAAGACUGUCCAUGCACCAGAUUUAAGACUGUCCAUGCACCAGAUUUAAGACUGUCCAUGCACCAGAUUUAAGACUGUCCAUGCACCAGAUUUAAGACUGUCCAUGCACCAAAUUUAAGACUGUCCAUGCACCAGAUUUAAGACUGUCCAUGCACCAGAUUUAAGACUGUCCAUGCACCAGAUUUAAGACUGUCCAUGCACCAGAUUUAAGACUGUCCAUGCACCAGAUUUAAGACUGUCCAUGCACCAGAUUUAAGACUGUCCAUGCACCAGAUUUAAGACUGUCCAUGCACCAGAUUUAAGACUGUCCAUGCACCAGAUUUAAGACUGUCCAUGCACCAGAUUUAAGACUGUCCAUGCACCCAAUUUAGCAACAUACAACUGCUUAUUUCCAGUAAACGUCACCAUAAAACAUGGCUUCUGUGUCUGUUUAUCUCGUGAACUGCAGUAAAGAAGUUGACCUCUUGUCACUAUGAUUGUACUGUCAUGCUCCUUCUAGCUCUGUGUCUGAUUGGCUCUGUCCAACUGUCACUUCCGUGCUCACUCAACCAUGGCAUCAAUUAAUAAAAAGUAGAUUCACUGCA